AUGGAGUGGAUAAAAGCUAAUGAUGGAGGAUCUCCUUAUCAGGGUCCCAAUGAGUGGGACCAAUGUUUUAAUCAAUUUACUUUUGUUAAUACACCUCCUUAUCCUCAUCCACAAACACCGUCACCUCCACAGGAGGAUGAACCAAUGGAGCCUGCAGAUCAGCAACCUCAACCACCACCACAACCAAGGAAGCCUCGUGGUUCACGAUCUCCUUAUCAGGGUCCCAAUGAGUGGGACCAAUGUUUUAAUCAAUUUACUUUUGUUAAUACACCUCCUUAUCCUCAUCCACAAACACCGUCACCUCCACAGGAGGAUGAACCAAUGGAGCCUGCAGAUCAGCAACCUCAACCACCACCACAACCAAGGAAGCCUCGUGGUUCACCAACCCCUAUGGAUUAUAAUUAUCCAGCUCCGUCAUAUGACCCCUACCUACAGGCGGUCAUGCAUAACGCACUUUAUCCAUCACCAUUUCCUCCUGCUUAA